AUGGGACUGCUCCUCCAGCAAGACGAAAACAACCAUCAUCACAGCAGAGCCUCCGCCAUGGCCGGUCGACGCUGCCUCGCCGCCGGCCGCCGCUUUGUCGGUGCCCUCGGCUCCUUCUUCCGCAUCACCGACCGCACAUUCGUUUUCUCGCUUGCCACCACGUCAAUUUUGGCCAGCAAGUGUCUUCACAUAUACAUUCACUCUCAGGUGCUAUCUUUGGGCGAGUUAAUACAAUGGCUUCCUAGCCUCUUCAUGCAGGACACCGUCAUCAUCCUGCUUCUUCGCUUCUUGCUUGACGCCAAGGCAUUGGGACGCUUUGGCGGCGGCUGGUUCCGCUUCCUCGCCAUGGCGUUUUCUACAGUGGUCGCCUUGCUUCAGCACUUCCUCGCCGUCUCCAACAUCUCCUUCUUCCUCAUGAUUGGCGGCGAACCGCGCUGGCGCAAUGCCGGCCUUGUCGCCGACUCGAAUACCUGGGCCAUCAUGCUUACCGGUCUCUGGGCCUUCAUCUCCGCCAAUGUCGGUCUCUUCUUUGGCAGCAUGCUCCUCAAGAGCCCCACGUUCUUCUUCGCCGGAAUUGCUCUCGAUGUCGUCAAGGCGACCUUUACCUUGAUUCUCACCAAAAUCGGUCUCUGCAGUCGCGCUCGCCGCGAGGUUGAAUAUGUCCCUGUCGGCAAGGAGGAACUGUACGACGAUCUCGAGUCAUACCCCUCGCACCCUGCUGCCCAUGCCGCAGCCCCUCGUCGCAAUCCCAAGCUGCGUCUUUUGUAUAUUGGAACUACCAUCUUCCUCUUUGUCCAGCUUCUGACUUGCAUUCUCCAACCUGCCGAGCAGGCCUUCAUCUUCCUCUCCUGGACCGCCAUUGCCAUGCCCAUUGUCGACUAUCUUCGUGGCUCCGACUCGCCCCUCACCAGCAUUUUCCCCGUAUACGACAAGAGCAUGGAUCAAAAGUGGAAUAUCCCCUUUUCACUCGCUGAGCCCACUCACUGGGAUUGGUUGCCCAAGCAGGGUAGCGCUCCUGCUGGCUUUGGUGACUGGUAUGACUCUGAGAAGAAGCAUUAUGAUCACAACAUGGACCCCAUUAGCCAGCCAAACUACGAUAAGGAGCUGCUCGACUCGCUCAAGGGGAAGCUCUCGGACGUCUCCAUCCGCAAUGUCAUGUUCAUCUUCCUAGAAUCUACACGCAAGGACGUUUUCCCCUUCAAGAAGGGUGAAUACAUUUACAACAAGAUGCGCGAGACUUGGGACAACAAGAAGCUUCCCGAAAAGGCUGAAGAGAGAGCCGCCACCCUGACACAAAACGCUCGCUUCCUUACUGGCGACUACAGCGACGGAUUUGACCACAAGGAAACUCCCCGUCGCGGUGGUAUCAACGUCAACAAGAACACGCCCUCGGCCACGUAUACCCUCAAGAGCUUGACGGGCGGUCUUUGCGGUGUCAACCCGCUUGUUGCCGACAUGAACAGGGAAUACAGACAUCACAUCUACCAGCCCUGCCUUCCCCACAUCUUCAAGGUCCUCAAUGGCCUCAACGACGCGAGCAACACGGAUGGCUUCGUAAACCGCCCGUUUAAUAACUCUUUCAUGAUGUCGGUCACGGGUCAGUAUGACCACCAGUAUGAGCUGAUGCAGGCCAUCGGCUACCUCGAGGACGAAAUGGUGGAUUCGGAGUAUCUCCACAGCGACAAGGCCGUCUUCGGCAACGUCACCAUUGAAGACGUUCGCUACGAUGGCAUGCCCGAACCGGCUGUUGAAGAUUACUUCCGCGAUGCCUUGCGCACGUCGCGCGAAAACGACACACGCCUGUUUCUGACACACCUGACGAGCUCGACCCAUUUCCCUUACGGCCUUCCUGGGGAUGAGGUGUACGUGCCGAUGGUGCAGGACGAUGCCAACAACCACUUGCAGGAUAUUUCCAAGCACCUCAACGCGGUUGGCUACGUGGAUCGCUGGGUGGGCCACCUGCUCGACAUUGUCGAAGAGGAGGGUGCGACCAACGACACGCUGAUUGUGCUGGUGGGCGACCAUGGCGUACCUGUGAUUGAAAUGGGCGGCGCUUCGCCGUGGGGCGUGCCCAGCAUCGGCAGCUUCCACGUGCCGCUGGUCUUGUCGCACCCACAUCUCCCCGUGAUUGACAUUAACGAGCUCGUCAGCUCACUGUCAAUCGUGCCGACGGUGCUGGACCUGCUGCUGGAGACUGGGGCGCUCAGCAUGGGCCAGCAAAAGGCAGCGCGCGACCUACUACACACGUACGAGGCGCCGUCGCUGAUCCGGCCGCUGCAGGCGGAGAACCGGCGGUGGUACUUUACGAGCGUCAGCCCCGGUGGGCAGGCCAUCUCGACGCGCAGCAUGGACAGCCCGCGAUGGCGGCUGCUGGUGCCGCUGAUCCAGGACACGGAGUGGUACUUUUCGGACUUGGAGACGGACCCUCACGAGGAAGGUCAAGUGGCAUCAUUUGACUUUGUGGGCAUGCUGCGGGCGGUUGAGAAGAAGUACGGUGCCGAUGCUGCCAAGUGGGCAGAGGAGGCGGCGUUUGCGACGAGGUGGUGGGUAUCGGAUAACCACCAGCGAUGGGAAUAUAUUUAA